AUGUCACACGGUGUUUUCUCUACACGCAGGGCAAUUUUAGCUUGGAGUUUACCAAAACGAGUUGGUAAUAUCACCCCCCUGACCCUGCAGCAGCGGGUGGACAUUCUGAUAGGAGUGGCGCGUGCGCUGGACUAUCUACACAGCUUUGGCAUCAUGCAUCGCGACAUCAAGCCCGCCAACAUCCUCCUGGACUCCAACAUGCAGGCGAAACUGGCAGACUUUGGUUUGCUGAGGGUGGGCGAGGGCAGCCGCUCACUGCAGUCCACGCGAGUGAUGGGCACGCCGGGCUAUGUGGACCCGGUCUAUAGUAUCACUCAUAAAGCCACUAUAAGUGCUGAUGUAUGCUCUCUUUCACUAUGGUGCAUUCGUUGCACAUGGUGCAUUCGUUGCACAUAG